UUUUAUUUCCAGAUUUGCCAGAAAGAAUACAAUAAUCUUUCCAACCAUUUAAAACAUGCACAUAAGCUGAGUAAGAGUGAAGUUGAGGAGCUAAAGAGUGAAAAGAAUCAGGGAAAGGCCAAAGGAAAUCAGGAAAAUAGGUAUUUUAUUACAUUUCUUAUUGUUCAGUUCUGUUUUUCAGAGGAUUGUGUUCAUUGUAGUUACAUAGAUGAGUGUUUUCUCUACUGUACACAGCAUUCUUGACUUUUUUCAAUUCAUGCUCAUUUUGACACAUUGUAUUUUUCCUAUAUUUUCAGCAAAACCAAGAGACCCAUUAGAUGUUGUCCACUACAGGAAUGUACCUGGGUUGGACGACGCUUUUAUUACCACCUACCAAAAGUACACAAUAUUGGCAAA